GCUCCUCCUCCUUUUCCUCCUCUUCCUCCUCCUCUUCUGGCCGGCGGGCACUGCUGGUCUCCGGGGCACGGCGAGCCCGCGGCGGGGCGGGGGAGCGGCGGGGAGCGGAGCUGCCGGAUCCUCGCCCUGCGGAGCCCCCAAGGAUUACAAGGAAUUGCGUGCUCCUUCGCAGCCGCGAGCUAAGGUUAUCCCAGAGAGCCAGCCUCCUCCUGCCGAAAAUAACCCCUCGGACUCCCGAGAAGACAGGGGGGCUUUCUGGACCAUGGCAUCGACGGAAGGUGCCAACAAUAUGCCUAAGCAAGUAGAAGUGCGGAUGCAUGAAAGUCAUUUAAGUCCCGUGGAGCACAGAUCCAGGAACAUAUGUGUUCAGUUCUGCCAGUCACUCCAUAGGAAUCUGCUCCUGACUCUAACUGUCUUUGGUGUUAUCCUGGGUGCAGUCUGUGGGGGUCUUCUUCGUCUAGCAACUCCUAUUGACCCUGACAUCAUCAUGUUAAUAGCCUUCCCAGGAGAUAUACUUAUGAGGAUGCUAAAAAUGCUGAUCCUCCCUUUAAUUAUCUCCAGUUUAAUCACAGGACUGUCUGGUUUAGAUGCUAAAGCGAGUGGCCGAUUGGGUACAAGAGCCAUGGUCUACUACAUGUCCACCACUAUUAUUGCUGCUGUGCUGGGUGUGAUUUUGGUUUUAGCCAUCCAUCCAGGGAAUCCAAAACUCAGGAAACAGCUUGGUCAAGGGAAGAAGAACGAUGAAGUAUCUAGUCUGGAUGCUUUCUUGGAUCUGAUCCGAAACCUGUUCCCUGAAAAUUUAGUCCAAGCAUGCUUUCAGCAGAUCCAAACUGUCACCAAGAAAGUGCUGGUGCCACCACCCAUAGAAGAAACACCUAAUGUCACUGACUCUGCUUUUGCUCUGAUGAAUGAGACAGUGCGUGAAGCACCACCAGAAGCCCAGAUGGUCAUUAAGAAGGGCCUUGAAUUUAAGGAUGGCAUGAAUGUCCUGGGUUUGAUAGGAUUCUUUAUUGCUUUUGGCAUUGCUAUGGGGAAAAUGGGAGAACAGGCUAAGAUGAUGGUGGAUUUCUUCAACAUCCUGAAUGAGAUUGUAAUGAAGUUGGUAACUAUGAUCAUGUGGUACUCCCCUUUGGGCAUUGCUUGCCUCAUUUGUGGAAAAAUCAUUGCAAUCAAGGACUUAGAAGUAGUUGCUAGACAACUUGGCAUGUACAUGGUCACUGUGAUUGUGGGUCUUCUCAUUCAUGGAGGGAUCUUCCUGCCUCUGCUCUACUUUGUGAUAACAAGGAAAAGCCCAUUUUCCUUCCUUGCUGGGAUUUUCCAGGCAUGGAUCACAGCGCUAGGCACAGCUUCCAGUGCUGGAACAUUACCUGUCACAUUCCGGUGCCUUGAAGAAAAUCUAGGCAUUGAUAAGCGUGUAACAAGGUUUGUUCUUCCGGUUGGAGCAACUAUUAACAUGGAUGGAACUGCCCUUUAUGAAGCUGUGGCUGCAAUCUUCAUAGCACAGAUGAAUGGAAUUGAGCUGGAUGGAGGCCAGAUAGUUACUGUGAGUUUGACUGCCACCCUUGCAAGUGUUGGAGCUGCCAGUAUUCCCAGCGCGGGACUUGUCACUAUGCUGCUGAUCCUUACUGCAGUGGGUCUCCCUACCCAGGACAUCAGUUUGCUUGUUGCUGUUGACUGGCUUUUGGACCGGAUGAGAACGUCAGUCAAUGUAGUGGGGGAUUCUUUUGGUGCUGGCAUUGUCUACCACCUUUCCAAGGCAGAACUUGACAACAUUGAUUCCCACCAUAAAGGUCAUGAAGACAUUGAAAUGACCAAGACUCAGUCAAUCUAUGACGACAUGAAAAAUCAUAGGGAAAACAACUCAAACCAAUGUGUUUUUGCAGCUCACAACUCAGUCAUAGUAGAUGAGUGCAAGGUAACACUGGCAACCAAUGGCAAAUCUGCAGACUUCAGUAUUGUCGAAGAAGAGCCUUGGAAACGUGAAAACUGAAGGAAGAGAUUUCUAGCUCCAUCUUAAAUAAGCCCUGAAGCUGUCUUCUGACAAAAGAUACCAUGAACCAAGAAGAUUUCUCUUUUUUUUUUUCUAUUUAACAUCUACAGUUUCAGCUUACUUAAUUUCUUAACUGAAACUUAGGAAAGAUCUCAUCAGGUCAUUGUAGUGUCUUUGCCAAGCAAUGAUCCAUAACCAUCUGUCUCCCUUGGGUUACUGUUUGGAUGAUGCAGCUGGAGAACACUCCAUGCAAUGCAAUGUGCUCUCACCCGCCUCCCCUUUCAUUCAAGACACGGAGAAUGUCAAUGCUGCAAAAUGGGAAGAUCAAAGUGCCAGUACAGUUCACUAUAGGGACUCAGGGUCACACAUACAGGAGAAACAUAACACCACAUAAGCCUUCAAGUGUUUUGGUGACUCUUGUGGCAUACCUGAUCUAUUUAGCACAGUAUGGCUAAAAUAUCUUUUGAAAAUCUUCAUAAAGAUUUCUGUUUGUUUUAAUAACAACAAGCACUGUAUUUUUAUGUCUAGUUGUACUUUAAACUGAACCUAGAUCCAGGGGCAAGAUUAGUGUAUAGAAGUCAGUAAAGUAUCACAGGCAUUU